AUGCGGACUCGUCACUUAAUAUUUUGUCCCUUAUAUCUUACUACAAUGAUAGCCGUCUUCACUUCUGCCAUUAUGAAGGAAGCCAGAGGACCGUGGAUGACGAUUAAUUCAGACUUCCCAGACCCUAGUUUUGUACGGAGCACGGAUGGGACAUGGUAUGCCUUUGGCUCCAAUGGCAACGGCAAGCGCGUCCAGGUGGCUAGAUCGACAGACUUUAACACAUGGACUCUUCUCAACAAAGAGGCCUUGCCAACACUUGCAGGGUGGGAGACUGAAAUAGAUCACUGGGCACCAGAUGUUAUUAGGCGGAGUGAUGGUCGUUACAUCAUGUACUAUUCAGGCGAGGCUAAAGAGAUGGUGAGGCAUCAUUGCGUGGGUGUUGCUGUUUCCCAAAGCACAGAUCCCACAGGACCGUAUGGAGGCUCAAUUGACCCUGCAGGAUUCGUUGACAAGGACGGUAGCCGCUAUGUUAUUUUUAAGGUAGACGGCAAUAGCAUUGGACAUGGUGGAGACUGUAACAACGGCAUCACUCCUCUGGUACCCACCCCAAUUCUUCUACAGAAAGUAGAAGAUGAUGGCUUCACGCUAAUCGGGGACGCUGUCCCAAUUUUGGACCGUGGUGAUAGUGAUGGACCUCUGGUUGAAGCUCCUAACCUCAUCCUGCAUGGUGAUACAUACUUCCUCUUCUACUCAACCCACUGCUUCACGGACACUAAGUAUGAUGUGCGCUGGGCGACCUCAAAAUCGAUCACUGGCCCAUAUAUAAAGUCUGGUCGGAAGUUAUUCAAGACUGGCGACUAUGCGCUAACUUCACCUGGCGGAGGCACUGUUUAUGGUUGUGGCGAUAAGAUUCUCUUCCAUGGGUUCUGUGAGCCCAAUAAGCGAUGUACAUAUGCCGCGAACAUUGCCAUUGAUGGUGAUGAAGUUACAGUUCUUUAA